CUGUCUGAGCGUGGGGGCUUCCCAACAAGACAGGAUUAUCUAGGCAGGGCCAGCUCAUCCCUGGCUCACCUGGCCAAGCCUUAGGCUGUGCAGACUCCAGCCAAUCCGUGCAGUGCAGCCACCCUAGUAUUACAUAUGCACGGUCGGCCUCCUGCUUCUCCCCCCACUCCCAGCACCAGCUGCAGGCACAGUUCUGCUCCCGAGACGUAGAGCGCAGAGCAAGCCUGCAGCCCCCGUCCAGAGCCCUCUGCAGGAACAGACCCUCACCUGCCAGCUCCGUGCCCGCCCCCAGGAAUCACCGGCGGGAGGUCGGCACCAUGAUAGCCUCCAAGGCAUCCCAGCGCUACAGAAGCGUCCGUCGCAAUGCCAGCCAGUGCCAUCUCUACCCGGAGUCCCUGCUGCUCAGCAGCCUGGAGGACAGCUUUAAUGUGGAUGAAACAGGGGACAGCAGUGAUCCGGAGCAAAUCUUCCAGAAUAUACAGUCCCAGAAGGAACUCGUGGCCAACAUUCGCUGCAGACCCUGGAGCAUGGGACAGAAGCUGAGGGCGCUGAGGCGAGCCAAGGAGAUCGUGCUGAAGUUUGAAGGGAGGCUGACCAGGACCCGAGGCUACCAAGCAGCAGGUGCAGAGCUCUGGAAGAAAUGUGCUCGCCUCGCCUGUAACUUCCUGGUCAUCUUCAUUCCCUGGGAAAUGAGGAUAAAGAAAAUCGAGAGCCACUUCGGCUCAGGCGUCGCCUCCUAUUUCAUAUUCCUGAGAUGGUUAUUUGGGAUCAACAUCGUGCUCACCAUCAUGACGGGGGCCUUCAUCGUUCUUCCCGAGCUGAUUGCAGGCCAGCCCUUCGGCAGCACAGCCAGCAAGACCAUCCCCAGCGAGCUCCUGGCGUCCGCCCAAGACCUGGACACGGUCUGGUCCCUGGGGGGCUACCUGCAGUACUCAGUCCUAUUCUACGGCUACUACAGCAGGGAGAGGAGGAUCGGCAGAGCCGGCUACCGACUGCCCUUGGCGUACUUCCUGGUGGGGAUGGCUGUGUUUGCCUACAGCUUCAUCAUCCUUUUAAAAAAGAUGGCCAAGAACUCCCGCACCAGCCUUGCCAGCGCUUCCCAUGACAACUACGCCUUCUGCUGGCGGGUGUUUUGCGCCUGGGAUUAUCUGAUUGGGAACCCUGAGGCUGCAGAGAGCAAGACCGCAGCCAUUGUGAACAGCAUCAGGGAGGCGAUUCUGGAAGAACAGGAAAAGAAAAAGAGCAAAAACCUGGCAGUGACCAUCUGUCUGCGGAUUGUGGCCAACGUCCUGGUGCUCCUCUCGCUGGCUGGGAGCAUCUAUCUCAUCUACUUCGUGGUGGAUCGGUCCCAGAAGCUCGAGCAGUCCAAGAAGGAGCUGACACUCUGGGAAAAAAAUGAGGUGAGCGUGGUGGUGUCCCUGGUCACCAUGUUAGCACCGUCAGCCUUCGACCUCAUCGCCGCCUUGGAGAUGUACCAUCCACGGACCACGCUGCGCUUCCAGCUGGCCAGGGUCCUUGUGCUGUACCUGGGCAACCUCUACAGUCUCAUCAUUGCUCUCCUGGACAAAGUGAACAGCAUGAGCAUGGAGGAAACUGCUACCAAAAAUAACGCAAGUUAUUGGAUGGAUCCUCCCGCCUUGUUGGCCACCAGGACAGGUCCUGGAGAAGGGAGCUGGUCCACAGCUCAGCCUGGCGUAGAGCCCAGGAGAAACAGCACCUGGGCCUUGGAAGAGACCGGCAUUCCCACCUCCACCACGCCUCUCACCAAGGCCAACAAGACCACGCUCUACCCCCAGCGUCUGCAAGGCCAGUGCUGGGAAACAUACGUGGGCCAGGAGAUGCUGAAGCUGUCCAUCAUUGACAUGCUGUUCACCGUGGCCAGCAUCCUGCUCAUCGACUUCUUCCGAGGGCUUUUUGUUCGGUAUUUGAGUGACUACUGGUGCUGGGACCUGGAAAGCAAGUUUCCUGAGUAUGGGGAAUUCAAGAUAGCAGAGAAUGUGCUGCAUUUAGUCUACAACCAAGGAAUGAUUUGGAUGGGCGCCUUCUUCUCGCCCUGUCUCCCAGCAUUCAACGUUCUCAAGCUCAUCGGGCUCAUGUACCUGCGGAGCUGGGCUGUGCUGACCUGCAACGUGCCCCACCAGCAAGUAUUUCGGGCGUCCAGGUCCAACAACUUCUACUUGGCCACGCUGCUGUUCAUGCUGUUCCUGUGCAUGCUGCCCACGGUUUUCGCUAUCGUCCGGUACAAGCCGUCUCCCAACUGCGGGCCGUUCAGUGGACAGGAGAAAAUGUAUGACAUCGUGUCGGAAACGAUCGAGAACGACUUCCCCGCGUGGUUUGGCUCCGUGGUUGGCUACGUCAGCAGCCCUGUGGUCAUCCUGCCCGCCGUGCUGCUUCUCUUCAUGCUCAUCUACUACCUUCAGAGCAUCGCGCGCUCGCUCAGGCUCAGCAACCAGCAGCUCAGAGUGCAGAUCCAAAACGCACGAUCUGAAGAUAAGAAAAAGGUUGCCCAACUGGUAGAAGCCCGGAUCCAGACCCAGGAGGAAAGCACCAAGCGGCUUCCCAAGGAUAGUGACCUCGUCAGCCCGCUGUCCUCUGCACACCCCGUGACACCCCAGAACAACGGCACCGUGCUCAAUUUCGACUCCCUGAGCAGCAAGAGUAGCAGGAUAGAGACAGUCACCCAGGCUGCGCCCCAGAGCCCCAGGCCACGGCAGAGGGGCCCCUGCUCGCCUCCUCCUGGAGUCCCCAAGUCCAGGCCAGAGCCGAAUGCUAACAGGCAUGGCCAUGGCCCGAGUGCAAGCACAGGUGAUCUCCACAAGACCAGAUCCUGCACACCCGUGACGCUGACAAGGCACAUGGAAGAUGUCCGCUCAGCACCUCUUUUCCGAAAACACUUUCAGCCCAUCAGCCCUCCUCUCCGGGGUCCAGGAGUCCGGGCGUUGGGACCCGGCGGCCGCCGGCCCCAGGCACCCAGAUACUACAUCAUCAAUGAGCAAGACACUCACAGGAAGAUGUAUCCUGCUUUCUGGCCAGACAGACAUUUCCAGAUUGACGCCUCAGGUGACAUAGUGGAGCUGUACCCAAGGAACACGCGACACUACGUGACUCGGGUCCCCCGCCAGCAAUGCUCCCCACCGCUGAGUGAAGAAGAGGAGGAGACCUGGAGGAGAGAUCUGAUCAAAGGGCCUUUCCCGCCACGCUCCCUGACGGACCUCCGCCGGGCUCCCCACUUUUAUACUGGAGAAAGUACAGAAAGUCAGACCCUGGCCCCCGGGCUCUAUGAACGGAUGCAUCACAAGUCCUGGCAUGAUGGCUUUGGGGUUCAACCGGACAGGCCCCUGUAUGUGUACAGCAAGCCGCGCUCCCAGAACUUCCAGUACCCUCCAAAGCCCAGGGUCAAGCCCAAGUUCGAGCCGUCCUUCACGGAAUCUGAUUCCAUGUCGGCGGCAUCCAGCAGUGACCAGCAGAAUGGCAGCACCGACCAGUGCCUGCAAAUCCUCCACAGCCAGGCCAAGGUCCCCAGGUCUCCAGGCCACCUGGGCAGGCGGAAGGCCAAGUCCAGGCGGGAGCUGACCACCGACCUGAUUUGUUCAAAUGUCUAGGCUUCUUCUGCUGUCCUAUGUGCAGAGACCAGGACCCUGGGGACAGCACAGCCUCUCCCCUUCUGCAAAGGGACAGGAGCAUGUCUGGGGUGGGGGAGGCAUUAGAGACCUGUGGGGCACACCCAGAUGUGUCCAUGAGCUGCUUCCUGGGGCUACACACAAGUGGGUCAUUUCUGGGGUCUCCUUGCACACGAGGUCACCAUUUCAAGGAAAGUCACUCCUUUCCCUUCCUGAGGGGUGACCACAAGUCACCGGCAAGCCGGACAACUCACCCCGCCCACGGGAGCCUCCCUGGAGGUUUGUCUCAAACAAUGCGAGUGAACUGUUUGCACCACGAGGCUACCUUCCAACCCCAAUAUCAGCCCUCGCCAGUAAGCACCCAGAAAUUAGGCAAGCACCCUUCAGGAUUGCACAAUGCUAGUGGGCAGGCAGUCCUCGGUUUCACAGUGACCAGAGUAACUAGAAUUUAGCCAGAGCUGCCUUCACUCUGCUUCCUGGGCUCUUAGGCCAGUAGGAUUGAGAAUAAUCCAGAGCUUAUCCCAAAGGUUUGUUGUUUUCUUUUGCACUGAGACGAAGAGACUCAAGGUGGGUUCAGGCCAGCCAGGGCAUUAAGAAUCUUCAGGAACUUCUGCCUUUCCUCCCUCCUCCACGCCUGUCUUUCUUGAUCCCACUCUCUCCUGCUGCUACCCUACCUCUUGCCCAUGGCAGAUGGGAAAGAAAUGGCCAGGCUCGGGCCAUUCCAGGCUUACCCCAGCUGGCCGGCCAACAAGCAGAGAGAAGAGAGCAGAGCUGCCCAGCCCAGUUCGGGCCCCUCUCCUUUCCAGGUGGAGCACCUGCUGUACUCCUAAGCCUUUGUGUGGAUGAUGCCGACUGGACCCUGGCCUGCUCUGUAUUUCCCCAGCAACUCUUUUUGCUCUGAUUUGGGCCAUUGUUAUGGUUCCAUCUCCUUCACACUCUGGGAGCAUCCCUGCAGCAAGAGUGGAGCCUGGUUCCCUCCUGCAGCCCCUGUAUCAGCCACCCGAGGGGUAUGACGGUUGUCUUCCAUGGCUGAUGCCAACCUAAAUAACAAGACACAGUCUUCGCAGAAGGACACGUUCGAGCCUUGCUGUGGCAGUGCACCUGACCUAAUGGUCUCUGAGCGUAUUCAAAGAGUCUGAUGCAUGUGGAUGUCUUUAAAGGCAAAAAUGAGGAUUGCGUAAGCAAGUGCAGAUCGAAUGUCCUUGGCUAUGAGAUUAAUAGCAAAGGCUGAGAGGCCGUGGUUGGGCAGAUGUCCCUGUGCAAGUAUUUUCUGAGGGAGUCCCGGUGGCCUUUGUCCACCGCUGUGGUUGCAAUACUUCUUGUUCUCGGGCAGGUGGGCAUGAGUCCCCCUUCCCCCUUCAAGACCUUGGCAGCUCUGCUUUGAUUCUAGUUUUAGGCUGCACAGCCCCUUGCGUGGGUUACAACAGCACGCACUUGUCAGCUCACCAUCUCCGUGAGCCAGGAGUCCAGCUCACGUGGGCACUGUGUGCUGGGUCUCCCCAGGCUGUCACCAGGUCGCCAGCCAUAGCUGGCACCUCACAAGGGCCCCAGGUGCUGUCCCACACUCCCGUGAGUGUGGAGCAGAGCUCCUUCCCUCUCUGUGACAUGGCCAUCUGCUUCUCUGGAGCCAUUUAGAGGGUGUCCUUUCAGCUCCACAUCUUUUUCCAGGGACCCUCUUUAUAAUGGGCAUUGAACAGAGACCGGCAGCCGGGGUACAGAACCAACCUCGGUGUCCAUUGACAGAUAAAUGUGUAGAGAAAUUGUAUUUACAUAUCAUGGAAUAUUAUUCAGCCAUGAAAAGAAUGAAAUUGCAGCAUGUGCAGCAACACAGUUGGACCUGGAGGACAUUAUACUUUCUGUAAUAAGCCAGACUCAAAAGGAUGGACACUGUGGGGCUGGUGCUGUGGUGUAGUGGGUAAACCUGCUGCCUGCAGCGCCAGAAUCCCAUAUGGGCACUGGUUUGAGACCCGGCUGCUCUACUUCUGAUCCAGCUCUUUGCUAUGGCCCAGGAAAACAGUAGAAUAUGGCCCAAGUCCUUGGGCCCCUGCACCCGUGUGGGAGACCUGGAAGAAGCUCCUGGCUCCUGGCUUUGGAUUGGUGCAGCUCUGGCCAUUGCGGCCAAUUGGGGAGUGAACCAGCAGGUGGAAGACUUUCUCUCUGUGUCUCUCUGCCUCUGCCUCUCUGUAACUGCCUUUCAAAUAAAUAAAUAGAUCUUUAAAAAAAAUAGAGAGAGAUACAGGAAUAAGGACAGACACUGCAUGCACUCCUUCAUGCAUGGAAGCCAAAACAUUGGUCUUGGAGAAGUGGAAGGCUGUGGGGGAGGGAAGGGCGGAGAGAGGUUGGUGGUGGAUACAGUGGUGUGGUUGGGUAAGAGGAAUAACUCCUAAUGCUCCAAAGCACAGGGCGAUAAAUCUGGUUGACAACUGAAUAUUUUAAAACAGCCAGUAGGGAGAGUUUUGAACGUUCUCCACAUCAAGAAAUGGUAAAUGAAGAGAUCCAUCUGCCAGUUCUCAUUGGAUCAAUUCCCAUUGCAUCCGUGGAGUGGGUGUCCCACUGUAACUGUAAGUACUAUGUGAGUUACUAUGCAUCAAUUAAGAAUAAAAACACAUUUUUUAAAAGGGGGCACAAUCACCCCACCUGCACGCUACACCAUAACCUCAUCAUGGGCGUGAAAUCCAUCCAGCUCAGCUGUUCCAGCACCCCCAAUGGGGGGGAUUACACAAGAAUGUUGCCCCCCACCACAGCUGCUUCAUAAAUGUCUGUUGGGCCGGCGUCGCGGCUCACUAGGCUAAUCCUCUGCCUAGCGGCGCCGGCACACCAGGUUCUA